AUGUCAAUCAUUCCAUUUUCAGAUCAUUUGAUGAUCGCCCAGUUACAAAAGUCGCUUCAACAGAGUUCAACUUAUGAGAAGAAAAAUGUAGAAGUCGCGUUGGCCGAGAGAAGUCUCAAAGAACGAUUGGCAUCUUUGAAUAAUAGCGCGGACCAAUGGAAAAGCCGUCCAGUUCGCCAUACUCCACCCCCUCUUCAAAGAAGAACAAGUGCCAAUGUUCUUCAUGAUCUUCCAAUUUUCCAACGAGCACAGAGAAACGUUCGCCAAUCUCUUCCAGUUUUAGAAAAACCUUGUGACAUUACGAGUGGAUUGAAAAAGUUUUUUGGAAACAAUCCGACAAUAUCGACGAACUCACAAUCAGAUGCAAACGAAAUAGACUUGGAUGUGAUUUCAUCCAAAGCAACACCAGUUUUGAAAUCUGUGACUCGACCACGUGCUCCAUGCAGGAGUAAAACAACGAAAUCGGAGAAUCUAGAUGAUAGAACAAGACUGGAUGCUGUCAAAAUCGACGAAGAAAAAUUCAUCGAGGUUGAAGAGGAACCGGAGAAAUUGGAAACACAAGAACAAGCAAUUGCCGCGAUUCAAGGAGCCAAACAGCUUUUAAAGAGCCCAACAAAAGUGUCCCCGUAUCCAGAAGUUAUGCUGAUUCAGGUACGGGGAUCGAAACACGUGGAUGUUCGAUUAGUGGCUCCUUCAAUUUCUUCAAUUCAUGAACACGCUUGUUUCGUUGUUGUUCAUCAGAAUCACUUGAUCAAGUAUGAAGGCACUAUGAGCAAUAUUCUGGAAAAAACGAAAGCAUCCCAACUUUGUAUCGAAAUUCUGGGAAAGAACGACUUGCAUUGCACAGCGAAAUCUAUAACUACUGUAACUGAAAAUGGCAAAAACUCACUUUCAAACUUAUUGUUCUGUUCGGAAAACUCUGCUAGCAAAGUCAGCAACCACUAUCAAACUACGCUGGAGCCAUUUGAAACCACGAUUUCAAAGCUCAACCUCGUUUUGCGAAUCGCAGAUGAUUGUAGUGCUCAGACAUGCGCCAGAAGAGAAAAACUGUCGCACAGUAUAAUGCAACCAAACGAAGUUCUCAUAUUCGAUUUCGGAAGCGAAAUUUAUAUAUGGACUGGAAAAUAUUCAAAGAAAGUCAGCACAGCUUACGCUGUUGAAUAUGCGAAACAACUGAUGAAGAAACCAGUGAAAAAUGGGAAAACUCUCUUAGGAGAUUCUGAAUUCUCUGAUGACGAUGGACGACCCGAAUGGACACUUUUCCGCAAGAUUCAUCAAGGAGUUUUGGACACUCUUUUCAAAGCAAAGUUCUCCGAUUGGCCAGAAACUCAUGAAGUGAUCACAACUUGUAAACCGAAACCACUAUUUUCGAAGAAAACUCCAGGAAUCAAAACAUAUGAAGAUGUGCUGGCUACAAAUCAGGACGAAGAAGUUGAUAACCUUGUACGACGAAUGUUGGAAGAGCCUGAAUUAGAUCCUGUUCUAAUAAUUGAAGACCAAGAAAUAGAUAGAAAACUUCACGAUAUCAUCAGUGAAGACCGAUGUCUUUGGAUUUUGAGAGGAGAAGAACUACAGAAAAUUGAAUACACUAACCAUUUCGAUUCGAGAAAGUGCUACGUAUUGCAAUGGCAGUACAGAAUUCAAAAGUCGGGAGUUCGUCGAAUCAAAACAGGAAAAGAGGAAGAACGAGAAACUGGAAGAUCAAGAGUCGCCUUCUUCUAUUGGCUUGGUGAACACACAACUCCUAAACAACAUGGUCUCUGUGCGUUACGAAUCAAAGAAAUCGACAGAGAAAACUCUCCCAGAAUCAGAGUAACCGAUGGAAACGAACCUGCCCUAUUCCUCACACUGUUUGAAGGAAAGUUCAUGGUUAGUAACGAUGUAGCGGACAAGGACCAACUUCGACGUUACGUGGUGGUUGGUGCGAAUUCUCAAGAGUCAAGUCUUCGGCAAAUCGAUGACAUGGAUUCAAAACUUCGAUCUCAUGCUGCUUACAUCGAGAAAACAUCGGAUGGUCCACAUAUAGUUUGUGGAGCGAAUUGUACUCCAGAACAGGUUCAUUUCGUUUUGGCACACGCGGACCACCUCCGACAAACAGCUGGAAUUCGAGGGAAUUCAGAAGUUGAAGUAGAAGGCGACAAGAAAACGAGAAACUGGGUGAGCUCUGUCGGAAGGAAACGAUCGAUGCGUGUUUGGAGGAUAUUCGAAAACGAGUCAGAACAAGUGAAUCAUAUGAGUGGUCACAAGGAUUGUGCGUUCACAUUUCCUCAACAGAUUCUCACCGAAACAAUAUUAAUCGAUGUUGGAGAAGCUCUCUGGUUAUGGUCAGAAGAUGUCGUGACAACAUUCGCAUUAAAGGUUGCCGAGAAAUAUUGGAAGAAUAGAAACGGAACAGCCCGAGUUGUAUACAAAGGAGCAGAGCCAGAAUCAUUCUCAGCUCUGUUUAUGAAAUGGGAAAACUUCGAAGUUGAGAAUCCGAUGGAUUCGAAAGAUUUAUCAGAACUAUUGAAAGAAAGAUGCCGAACAUUUUCAUUGAAAGAGCUCAAAGAACGAACACAACUUCCAGCUGGUAUGGAUAUGCGUCGACUGGAAAGCUAUUUAACCGACGACGAUUUUAUAAAAGCGUUUGGAAUCGUUAGAACAGAGUUUUACGCCCAGAAGGCUUGGAAACAGAAUGAAGCACGGAAAAGAGUUGGUCUAUUCUAA